CGGAGGCUGAUCAUUUCCUCGCUCUCAGUCCCAAUUCUUCUGGUUUCCUCUGACUACUAAGAAUUAGGUAGCAAACAGAAAUGAGUUCAUCACCUCCAAGCAACUCCCUGCAGCCUCAUUCUUCUGAAAGUGGAUUAACCAUGUCAUCUCGGCACCCUCAAGUCACAGAUCCAAUUACAUCUAAACGUGUCUGUUUUUAUAAGAGCGGUGAUCCACAGUUCAAGGGUUUUAGGACCGUGAUUAACAACCGCACUUAUAAAACAUUAGAUGCUCUCUUAGACAGCCUGUCAAAGAGAGUCCCUUUACCGUUUGGGGUGAGGAAUAUAACCACCCCUCAAGGAAUUCAUGGAAUUAGCAGCAUCGAAGAGCUGGAAGAUGGAAAGUCAUAUAUUUGCUCUGAUCAAAAGAAAGUAAAGCCCAUUAACCUGGAGGAGGCCAGCAGAAAACCUCUACCAUGGCAUACAACUAGGCCAGUCAGUGCCCGGCGACAUGCCAUGCAGAUAGCAAAACAAAAUCAGUUUCGGUCUAUUCGCAGGGAGAACUCUGUGGUGAUACGUACUCCCCGGAAACUUGUGGUAUUCAAAAAUGGGGAUGCGGGGAUUAAGCACACUAUUAUGCUGCAAAGGAAAACCACUCAGACUUUCGAAGCGCUGCUUGAUCACGUGUCUGAAGUGAUGCAGAUUCCAGUGUUGAAGCUGUAUUCGGCCGACGGAAGACGGAUUGACGGUCUUCAGGCAUUGAUCCUGUGCUCUGGAAUUGUUGUAGCAGCUGGACGAGAGCCAUUUAAGCAAGGGAGAUAUGACCCACAGUCUCAAAGUUUACCUACUCGACUGCCUGGAAUCUCCAAUCGAGUUCAGCCAAAGCAAGGAAACAAACCACAACAAAGGAACCGUGGCAAAUGGAAAGUUUCUGUUUUGACCAGUCAAUUACCUUGUGCUGGGACAACUUCAACAGUCUACAUCAUACUUUACGGUGAAAGAAGCAAUUCUGGACCAAUCUUUCUUUAUAGCUAUGAAGAAAACUUGUUUAAUAGCGGUCAUGAAGAUGUUUUUGAGAUACAUGCUGGGGAUAUUGGCGAACUGUACAAGAUCCGUAUUGGGCACAGCAAUUCAGGAGAAUUUCCAGGCUGGCAUUGUCAGGAGAUCAGACUGCAGGACCUUUCAACAGAAGAAAUAUUUUAUCUUCCAGUAAACCGCUGGCUUUCCAGAGAUGAGAGUGAUGGUGAAAUCUGUAGAGAAGUUCCUAUUUUCCAUAAAGGAUUUCCAGCCUAUCCAGUUUCUGUCUACAAGGUCCAUGUUGUCACAGGAGACCUGUGGAAUGCAGGAACAGAAGCAAAUGUUUAUGUAACUGUCUACGGUGAAAAAGGAGAUACGGGCUCAAGACAACUGCUCAACUCUCAGAAACCCAUAAAAUUUAGAAAAGGACAGACUGACAUUUUUCCACUGGAAGCUGUUCAUCUUGGGUAUCUGGAAAAGGUUGUAAUAGGACAUGAUGGACUUGGAGCAGGCAACGGCUGGUUUCUGGAAAAAGUUGUGGUCAUCGACACCUUAAAGGACAUUGAGUACACAUUUUCAUGUAACAGGUGGCUGGAUCAAGGAGAGGAUGACAGUAAAAUAGUAAGAGAGCUGUAUGUGACAGAUGGAUUCUCAUUUUCUGAACAACAAGAAACGGAGAUGAAAGCAAAGGAAAUUUGGGCUGCUGAAAGAUGGAAGUUUCAGAAAGGCAAUGUCAUUCAGUUUCACUGCAGACUAACAGGAAGGUUUGUCCGUCUUCAUCCAGAUGGAACAGUGGAUGCCCUUGGAGAUAAGAAGGACAAACAUGGUUUCUUUAAUGUUACUGUGAAAAGAGGCAGCAUACGAAUAUUUCACAGCGUGCAGCAUCAUCGGCUAGCAAUUGCCAUCGACCAGAACAAAGUGACUGCCUUGGACAAUGGAGGUACUUUAUGUGAACUUCAUGUUAAUAUGCAGACUGAUCUCUCAGUAACUUUAGAAUCAGUCCGAAAUUCAGGAUGUUUUGUCACCUUCAACAAAGAAGGGAACCCCACUGCAGGAGUAGGAGAGGGCUCAGCUCAUUCUGAGAGGCUCACUGUCCAUGUAAAGGGAGUUCUCCGAGAUGGAGCUAUAAUCCUGCUAAACAGCAGUGUGAGGCAGUCUCUGUGCAUCACUCCAGAUGGUCAGUGUGUUGGCACCGGCAAGCAAGCUGAAGAAUCUUACCUGCGCGUACACAAAGUCAGAGGUGGGAUUUACAUGCUAGAGAGCAUCCGUGCACCCAAGAUGUUCAUUAGGAUGAAGGAUGGUCAGUGUGACGGAAUGGGUACCGGUGAUCAGUACUGUCACUUCAAAGUAGACAAGAACUUCCUCAAUGGAUCUUUGAGUUUUGAAUCGGUGAAAUCUACAGGAAUGUACAUUGGUCUUCUUCCUGAUGGCCGCGCAAAGCCUCUGGUGUACACAGGAGAAAAUAGCCUUUCUUUCUAUCCUCAAGUCAUUAAAUUUGGACGGGAAAAACCCACUGGCACCUCGGCAUCCAUGGACAAACAUUUCAUGGCAGAAGAGCCACCAGUAAGAAAUCAAUCCAGUUCCAGACCGCCACCUGCUCCUGUUUCCAAAGAAACCCAGAGUAAGGUUCAAGUGUCUUCAGACUCUGCUGAUGGCAACUGGAAAGUCUGCAUUAUGACUGGCAACAAAGGGACAAAAGCUUUGGUUUUCCUUUGGGUCUAUGGAGACCAAGGAGUAGCUGGACCCAUCAAUCUGAAAAAAGCCAUUAAAGACAAACUCUUUCAAGCACACCAAGAAGAUGAAUUUCUGGUGAAAAUUAAGGAUGUUGGUGCAAUUUAUAAAAUAAGAAUUGGCCAUGACGGAACAAGCAGCGAGGCAGAGUGGAAACUGCAAAAGGUGACAAUGAGAAAGGAUAAAGGGGGUCCACUUCUGGUGUUUGAUGUGAACAGGUUGCUGUCAAAAGAUCAUGGAAAUGGAGAUACCGAGUGUGAACUCCCAGUAACAAGGAAAAAAGAUGGAAAGCCAGUCUACCCAGUGGUGCAGUAUCAAGUCCACAUCUAUACGGGACAUUUGAAUCAGGCAGAGACGCAGUCUCCAGUUUUCAUCUGUCUGUUUGGGGAGAGAGGAGAUUCAGGGCAGCGACUGCUUCACAAGUCUGACCAACCCAUCAGGUUUCAGAAAGGGCAGAUGGAUACCUUUCAGCUGGAGGCAGUGUCACUAGGAAAACUGCAGAGGGUGCUGUUACGCUGUGAAGCUGCAACUAAGUCUCAGUACUGGUAUUGUGAGAAAGUGGUCAUCAAGGAGCCAGAGGAGGAUUCGGAGUACAUCUUCAACUGUGAAAGGUGGAUUCCUUAUUCUUCUCAGGGUAUUGUCAAGUCUGACAUAGAACUUCCACUUCAAGAAAUUCGAAUCAGUGUUCAACGAAGUGGAAAGGAACUGGCAAAUGAGGGCGACUGGAAGGUUACAGUUGUGACCGGAGAUUUCCCUUUUGCGGCUACAGAAGCUACUGUCUUUCUUUUUGUUUAUGGCAACAAAGGUGAAUCAGGCCCAAUCAUCCUGGGAUCUGGGAAGCAUCAACUUUUUAAUCCAAAUAGUGCAGACACAUUCCAGGUUAACCUUAAAAACCUCGGAGAGCUUUACAAAAUCCGUAUAGGCCAUGAUAACAGUGGGGAAUCCCCUGGGUGGUUCUUAGAGGAGGUUAUUCUGCAAGAAAUAUUGACAGAAAAAGAUCUCAUUCUUCCUGUCAAGGAGUGGUUAGAUGAAGAAAAAGGAUCUGGAGACGUAUGGAAGGAGCUGGCCAUUCCCCGUGGUAUGAAGAAUGCUCUAGCAGUUGUGGUUUACCAGGUUCAUAUUUACACCGGAGCCAAGCCAGGGGCAGAAACUGACAGUUCAGUUUACAUGAACUUGAUUGGAACUCAAGGAGACACUGGAAAGAGGAGACUCCACAGAUCUGUCAACCAAAAAGUGAAGUUUCAGCAAGGACAGAUUGAUAUUUUCAACAUUGAAGCAGUGUCUGUGGGACAACUGAAAAAGGUCAUCAUCGGACAUGCAGGGGGUGGCCCAGGUAAUGGAUGGUUCCUGGAAAAAGUUGUUAUACGAUUCCAAGAAGAGAAUAGACAACACGAAAAUGUUUUCCUUUGCAACAGGUGGCUAAAUGAAUAUCAGGAUGAUGGAAAAACUGAACGAGAGCUUUUUGCAGAAGGUUACAAGAAAUCAAAAGAAGAUUAUCCAAAAGGAAAAUGGAAAAUCCAAGUGAAAACCUUUCAAGACUCUUCACAACCUAAAGACAUUAAAGUUACUCUUGUUAUGUACGGUGAAGAAGGGAGAAGUGCUGAUAUUCUUCUUUCUUCCAAUAAACCUGGACAUGUCAGUUUUCUUCCUGGAGCAAGAGAUGAAUUUCUGGCAGAUGCUGGAGCUAUAGGCGAUAUAUACAAGGUGAGGGUCAGCUGUGAUAAGAUGGCAGACUUUGCAGGCUGGCAUUUAAAAUCUAUCCACAUGGAAGAGCUGCGCACAGAAAAAGAACUCAAUUUUGACUGUAACUGUUGGCUCGCAAGGAACACAGAAGAUGCAGAAACUGUGAAAGAAUUUCCCGCGGUGGCAAAGGGCCAACAAGCUCUCCAGGUAAAUCAAUACCUCGUAUCUGUCCACACUGGUGAAAAGUGGGGAGCUGGAACAUUUUCAAAUGUCUACAUUACAGUUUAUGGUGAACGAGGAGACACUGGAGCACGGAAACUGCAGCACUCCCUAGCUGACGGUCAGAAAUUUCAAAGGGGCAAGGUCGACUUGUUUUCACUGGAAGCAGUUUCCCUUGGUCAGCUGAAGAAGGUCGUUCUUGGUCAUGAUGGAGAGGGCUAUGGAGCUGGGAUGUAUCUCAGUUUUGUAACAGUGCGAGAGUCCAGGAGGUCACAAAAAGAAGCACUGUUUCCUUGUUUCAAAUGGCUUGAUGAUCACAUUGGUGACCAGAAGACUGUAUGCAAGAUGAAGCUAAUGGGGGAAAGGUCAGUGUCAAACUCUGAGCAGGUCAGUCAAUUUUACAUCUGGAUUUUGCAUGUCAAAGGCUCUGAAAUUCCAAGUGCAGCAGGAGUAAUGCAACCAACAUUCAAGAUCUGUGGGGACAAAGGUUAUAAGAAGCUUAAACUGAAUAUUACAGGACAAAACACGCAGCAUAAGCUUGACCUGUCUGAAGUGGGUACAAUAUUAAAGGUGUGCGUUUCCACUAAACCGGAUAACAUGAAGCACUCAUGGCGGCUUGACACAGUGCAUCUGGAGAACAAGGAAACAAAUGUGGAAAUGCAGUUGAAUUUCAUGUGUUGGUUUAAAGCGAAUGAAUGGAUGUACAUAGAACUUCCUGCACUUCACCCUAGGCGGGACCCUUUUCCAGUUGUGGAGUAUACGGUCCAUGUGCAUACUGGUGAUGUUAAGAAUGCCGGUUUCUCCGGUCAGGUGCUCCUACGGCUGCAUGGUGACACUGGAGAUACAGGAAAGCGGUGGCUAACAAAGCACAAUGGCGAGCCUGGCACAUUUAGUAGGGGACAGGUGGACAUGUUCAAAAUCAAAGCUGUUCAUCUUGGCAAAAUAAACCAGCUUGUUAUCGGGCACAGAAGUCAAAGCAGAGAUGAUUGGUUUCUUGAGAAGGUGAUUGUGGAAGAAGGAGAAAUGCCCACUACCAAACAUAUCUUUGUACACAAUGACUGGAUUGACAAGAGUUCACAGAAGAAAGACUGCUGUAAAGUAGCCAUACUUACUUCAGAAGUGAGUGAAAUCUGGCCCAACCCAAUGAGUGAACUAGAGCUUGGACAACAGCAAUGGCUGAUGCACAUCAAGUGCUUCCCUGUACCAGAAUAUACAACAAACCUGUCAGUUGUUGUUUUCGGGACAAAAAGAAAAUCUGCGCCGCUGCCUGUGGAGAACCUGGAAGACAAAGCGUUUCAGGUGAACACGGGGGACAUUGGUCAAGUGCUCAAAGUGUCCAUCAGUUCUGAGAACUCCACAAUGAAAAGAAAACUUCAGAUCCAAAAGCUCUGUAUGAAAGACAGCAUUACGAAACAAGAGCUGGGAUUUCACACAACAGACCGGUGGCUGUUUGAGGAGGAUGGGUCAGAGAGCGUGACUGAGAUGGCAGCUGUCAGGCCUGACAGGCCUCCUCUCAGAGAUGUUCUCUACUUGGUAAAAGUUUACAUAGGAGACCUGCCGGCUGCUGACACAGAUGCCAUCCUGUUUGUUACCGUGUUUGGACAAAAUGGAGACACCUCUCUAAGAAAACUGACAAACCCUGGUUCUCUCCAAAUUUUACAGAAGGGUCAGGCUUGCAUUUUCCAUCUACGAGCAGUGGAUCUGGGCAUCCUCAGCAGACUGGUCAUUGGACACAAUAAUGCAGGCUAUGGAGCAGGAUGUUACUUGGAAAGAAUUGUUGUGCAGGAGACUGGAGCUGCAGAAACUGAGUUUGUGUUUCCAUGCCAACGGUGGCUAGACAGUGGAACCGGUGACAGAUGGACGGAACGGGAGCUGAAACUUCUUGGGAAAGUCAAGAGAAGCCAGAACAAAAUGACAGAGGAGCCUGGGGGUGUAUGGGAUCUCUAUGUCAGCUCCUUUGGCUUUCAGGACCUCAGCACUGAGUCUAACAUACUCCUGGAGCUCUGCUAUGAGAAAGGAAGCAGCACACCUCAUAUUAUCCCAAAGGAAUCUCUCAGAAAUAUACAAAUGUAUCAGAGUGUGAUUGAAAUGGACCCAAAACAUGGAAUUCUAAAAAAAGUUCGGCUUUAUAUGGAUGGCAACGCAAUGGGAACAACUUGGCAUUGCAUUGAGGUGAAACUGAUACACAGGGCAACACAAGUGUGCUAUGAGUUUCCUUUCUGUACGACUCUGGAAAGAGACUUUGAGAACUCAGUGACAGAGCUGCCAGUCAUGAGGAGCACAUCCGACUUUCUCACUGUGAAAGAGUAUAUUUUAACAGUAACAACUGGGGCAUCACCACAGUCAGGCACAGAUGCGGAAGUGUGUGUCACACUCAGAGGAUCAUUAGGAGACACUGGAAAAAGGAAAUUGAAUAGAAGAGGCGAUUCAUGUUUUAACUCCGGAAAGGUGGACGUCUUCAGACUGGAAGCAGUGGACCUUGGGGAGCUGCAGCAGCUCGAUGUGGAAAAAGGAGAGGGAGCUGACUGGUAUCUGGAGACCAUCAAAGUGAAAGAGGGGACAAGCAGAGGGAGAGAAGCAAUAUGUAAUGUUCAGUCCUGGCUAAAGGGUGAUGGCAGUACCACAUCAGCGCCUGUGACAGCAUUUCAAGACAAGCCUAGCAUGACAGGCCUACCUCUUGGGAGCCAGCACAUAAAUUCACAAGGAUUAUGGAAGAUAGACUUGGUUGAACACAAAAAAGAGACUGUAAAGACUUCAGAAGCAGCUUUGGACCUAACUAUUGUUCUGUACGGGACACUGGGAAGAUCAAUGCCUUUCAUUCUGAGUGGUGAACAUCACAAUGGCAACCAGAGAAGAACACAUGAAAUUAAUGUUCCUGAAGACCUGGGUGAGCUGUUUAAAGUCCGUCUGGGAUUCAGCAGUGCUCUGGAUAGAGCAGCCGGAGUAUCUCUCUACUCUUUUAAAAUGCUGAAUCCUCGCACGCUGGAUUCAUUUGUCUGCUGUGUGAAUGAGUCACUGCCCCUAACUUCCAAUGGGGACAGGUGGCUGGAAAUCCCAGUGGAGUGGCCUUUAAAACCUGCUCUUCCACUGCUUGCCUACCAUGUGUCUGUAUUCAGCAGUGACUUUUUUAAUAAAGCCAGUCCAGGCCAGGUUUUAUUGGGCAUUCAUGGGAGCCACGGUGAUACUGGAGACAGGCCUUUGCUGUGGCCUUUGCGGACCCUCGAGCACAAUGACAACAUCAAGGUUUAUACCUUUGAACUGUUUGCCGUUAUGGUGGGAGAGCUGAGCAAAAUUAUUCUCUCAUUUGUCGGUAAAAAUGGUUUUUCAGUGAAUAUGCGAGAGAUUCAUCUAAGAGAGGCAGCCAAACAAGAAAAAGUUUGGGUCUUCCAAGUUAAUGAGGAGUUUUAUGUUGAAAAUGAGGACUCGCCUGUACAUAAAGAAGUUGUUUUGUCAACGGUAAUAAACAGGCAGAAAACAGAGCAAAGUGUGACAGAAAUCGAGAGCAGGUCAGAAAGGAUAGUUGAAGACAAUGAAGAUGUGACAGAACUCUCGAUCCACGUGUACACAGGAGAUGUCUUGGCAGCUGGGACUGACGCCUCCGUUUUUAUUACCCUUUUUGGUGAUAAAGAAACCUCUGAACCAAUUUUAUUGAAUGCUCCAGAAGAACAAAGAGAUCCUUUUGAAAAAGGCCAGAUUGACACAUUUAAAAUCAAAACAAAGCCAUUGGGAAACUUAAACAAAAUUGAAAUUGGCCAUGAUGGAAAAAGACUUGGAAGUGGAUGGUUCCUGGAAAAAGUUGAAAUCACCCAACAGACCUCAGGAAUAAAAUACAUUUUCCCAUGCAGCAGGUGGCUGUCUACAGAAGGAGGGGCCCAGAAAACUACAGUGCAGCUUCAUCUCGGAGAAACCCAAACGGAAAAGUGAACAUAAACAGCAAAGAGCACAAGGCAAAUAGCAGCAAAAGCCAUCAUGUGUUUCAUGAAUUGUAUAUGUGUGUACACUGAAUGUGUACUGUAUAUUACAGGACUGUGGGCCUUAGAACUUCAAAAUGGUGUCUCAUUUUGUACACAUUAAUAAUUCUAGUCACUUAUGAAACAUUUGGAAUGCUUGACUUCCAUUAUUGUUAGACUUCAGCCACUUAAAAAUGGAAAACAAGCAUUUUCAAUAGUUAAUGGUGUGUUUUAAGAUGUUGAAAUAUACUGUUUUAUGCUAAAACUGGUAUAAAUUAAUAGGGUUCUACAUAUCGUUAUCUUUAUUGCUGAAAGAAAAGAAAAAUCCUUUGUCACUUUCAUUCUAAAACUAUCUAUGCAUUAAGAAUGAAGCUCAGAUAGAAUCUAUAGCUUGUGCAAAUUAAGAAAAAGUGGAAUUAAAUUUUUGUGGCAGAUCAGCAAAUUUAAUGGUCGAGCUGCUGAUGUGAUUAUAUGAUUGCUAUAAAGUUCAGCCAUAAUCAGAAACAAAUGUGAAAUGCUGUCUAAAAAAUUAUAUUAAAAGGCAAAAUCCAUUACCUUAAUUAGAAAGUGUAAAAAAAAAAAACUUUUCUCUCUGUUAAAGCAAUAGAUAUUUUGAUCUAAUGUUAAAAGACUGAGUCAGAUCUGUUGAAUGAAGUCAUUAUUAAACCAGUA